GGGGCAGGGCGGGGGCCGGGCCGGGCCGCGGGACGAGCCCGGCGGCAGCCUGCGACCCCGGCCGCUUUCCUCGUCGUCCGCCGCUGCCGGAGACACCCCUUCCCUGAGCCGCGCGAGGGAGAGCGCAGGGGGCAGCAUUCGGGGUGCCUCGCAUGCUUUUUGUCUUCUUUUGAAACACCUGGAAUUAAACAGCCCUAAAGACAAGACACGUGGUUCAUAGUGUGCCCUGGAGCAGCUCUUCCCAUGUUCUUGUAAUCACAAACAGAUUUGUUCUUAGCCUGUCCUCUACAAUGCAUCUGCAGCUUUGGAGAAGGGACUGGGUUUUGGGAUGCAGAGAGAGAAAAAACUGAAUGACACAGAAGAUCUAUUUUCAAGCUCUUCCAGAAGUUGAAGACUUGAGCAGAAAUCAGUAGGGAAUCGCUGCUGGGUACACUCACCAGAGAGCAGCACCAGGGAGAAAAGAUGGAGCGGCAGCUGGGGAAGAUAGUGCACACCCAGCGGAAUCUCUUUGGCCCGGUAGACCAUGAGCAGCUGCACUGGGACUUCCAGCACAUGCUGCGCAGCAACAUUGAGGUGGCCCAGCAGAAGUGGAACUUCGAUUUCCUGCAGGAUGUGCCAAUGGAGGGAUUCCUGCAGUGGGAAGAGCUGGGGGGCCAUGAGGUGCCAGCCUUCUACCACAGCUGUGUGGUGAGAGAAAGCCGGAGGCCACUGUGGCACCUGCACCAGCCUCUGUGCAGGGAGGAAAAGGCUCACCAGUUGACCCUGGCGGCACUGGUGGAGAAACCAAAGGCUUCCAAGCAAACAGGAGCUGGGAAGGUUCCAGAAGGGAAGAAAAGAAGACAGACAUCUUUAACAGAUUACUACUCAGGAAAGAAGCGAGUCAGGACGAAUACGCAAGCUGCUGCAAAGAAGCCGACUGCUUGAAAGCAAACACUGGACUGUCCUGCACCAGAGAAGCAUCUGCUGGGUUUCCUCAGCAUUGAAAAACUUUGUGUGUGGGAUUGGGCCCUUAAGGACAUCGCACUAAGAUGUAUAUUCAUGACAGUGAUCUCACAAACACAAAAAACUUUUGUUGGAAUGAGUUCAGGCCAAAUCAACUGGAAGCACUUCAGUGAGAAAUUGCUAGCCUCAAAAAACAGUAGUUAGCACAUGUGGACACUGCGGGAUUUGGUGAAGGCUAGCAGCUUUAUGUGCACUAAAAAUCACUGGACAUGAGAAAAUGAUGAACACUUAAAAAAAACAACACCUCUAUGCGUGUAAUUCUGUUCUUGGACAUGUCAGUUUACAGUUGGGAUUUUUUAUAUUGUUAUGUCUUUGCAUAUCCUCUUUUUUUUCCCUUAAGCAGGGUGGCAUUAAAUAUCACCAUCUCAUUUUUACAGGUCUGACAACUAAAAACAAUUCCCAGGCACAUCUGUGGCUUUUAUCAGGUACAAAAUUUUGUGCUUACAGCUAUUCAGAGCAUAAGUAACAGCACUUGGGUGCCAAGUAUUACUGAAUUGUAAAUGGAGAAAGCUGAAAUUAUUUGGGAAAGUUUCCAUUUAUAUCAGCAGCCAGGUUAACCCUGUAUGUCUGCCCACCAUGGAAGAAUUGGGUAGUUCAACUUGUUAUGAGUACAUGUUUCCAGAUACACUCUUGCAUCUUUCAAGUCAUUCAGCUGUUAUUUUCAGCUGUGCUAUUCCGUCUAGGACUUUGAAUUUGCACAGUGGAAAUUAGGAUAAAAUGUGCUGUGCAUUCAUCCACAGUUUUUAAAAAUGCCUGCUGCUUGUAAGAAUGUGCUACAAAAGAGGUAAACUAUUUAGUUGUUUAGUGCUUUUUUCGUACUAAUAAUGUUUUUCUAAGAAGAGAAAGGGCAUUAAUAACAUCUCUUGACAUUGUGUGGACUGCUUUUUCUAUGGCAUUUAUUAACAGACUUUUCCAUCACCUACUUUUUAUUUCCCUUUUUCAUUCCCCUAACUAGUUUGGAUAACUGAGGUUUUACAGCACAUAAUAAUCAGUGGGUAAAACAGAGAAAGAAACCUACAAAGUAUACACUCUAAAUUAUACUUCUGCAUAUGGCCGUAAGAUGCACGUGAUGUUUAAUGAACACAUUUGGAAAGAGCUUCGUAAAUGUGAGAUUUUUAGAACACUGUGCAACGGUGGAAUACUACUUUUCAUCUUGAAUCUAAACAAGCCAAGGUUUAUCUUGGUUGGUAGGAAAAACCAACAUGCGCAUGCAUGUGCAUGUCAGUUGUGCACACAAGAAUUGAAGUAAGGAAGUAAGACAUCCUGCACUGCAUGCAAUGUCAGGAUGGUUUGGUGCAUUUCUUUUUUUCCCAUUCAGAGCCAUAGUGAUCAGAUGUAAAUAAUACUUGGUUUGCCCCUAAAUGGCAGAAAACGGCAAUGGUUUGUUUCUAUAUGCCGAAACAAAUAUGCUCAGCAAAUUGCUCUUGGAACCUGUUUCCAGAUGCAUGCAAGAGAGUCACCAGAAGAGAUUUUCUCUCCUGGGUUUGUGAUGUUAUGAGGAACAAAACUUGCUCCAGCUGACAUCAAAGGCAUUUUUACCCAAAUGAAGCAGGAUAAGGGUCAACCUUGGCAAAUGCUGCUAGUCAUGCAUUCGGUGCAUUUUUAUGGCUGGGCCAUUCUGUAACAAGCUUCUCACCACACUGAGAUAUAAGUAAGAAACUGGACCUUUUGUGUGUUUAUUUUUUAAACUUGACUUGUGAUUAGAACAGGCUAAUCUACAUUUUUUAAGUGUGGUGGUUUUUUUUUAAUUAGAAAAAAUUUCCCAACAGUUUCUCCAUGUGUUUGUGAUUUUUAAAUCAGACCAAUGACACUGAGCUACAACUUUUUGUUUUGUAGCAAGGUUACUUGCAGAAUUACUUUCUGACCAGAAUGGCAUGAGUUGUGCAUAAAAGGCUGUCACGGACAUGUGAAGUAGUGUGGAGUCUUUUUCUUUCAAGAGGAGAAGGGAUGCUUCUCUUUAUUAGGGGUGAUUAUGACUGUUGAUGCGCUGCUGUCCCAGAGAGACAAGGAAGGAUCUUUGCAUUUUCACAUCAGUUCCAUAAUAGCCCAAUGCUUAAAUGGACAUUUACAGUGAAAUACCUGCUUCAGAUGCUUUGUCAUCAGGACCUAUAAUGUCCCAUGAAUUUUGUUGAAGGGCUAUUUAAAUUAUCAACAACAGGUUUUUGGGAUAAUAGGGCAGAUACUGGUCUUAGAGUUGAAUGUCAGUAUAUUCAGACUAAAAGAUAAAGGCCCUGGCUGAAAAUGCAGCUUGUGUUUACUGCAUCUCAAUUAGCUAUGACUGUGAACUGUGAAUUAUGACUGCUAGGCUAGCAAAGAGAUCUCUGACAAUGAGACAUGGUAAUAUUUUUCUGCUUGCUGACUAUGCUUAUUAAUGUUCCUUGAAAUGGCAGAAUAUUGGAAAUAAAGGUACACAACAGACAGGGCCAAGGAAAAAGUUUUCAUGCCAGUGUUUGCAAUUGGAAAUUCUCAUACAUGUAACACAGGGCCUCAUCCACCUGCUUAUUAUAGCUCCACUAACCUGCAGUGGAAGUGCUUUGGUUUACAGCAGAGGAGAAUGAGAUUGAGUAGUUUUGCACUAGUUCCUUUAACUACCUUAAAUCAACAAGCAGCUAACCACAUGAAGCCAUCGCCUCAUUUCUACAUGCACGAGUUUUUAAAGAUUUCUUUUUUUAAAAAAAAAAAGGUUUCUGCUAUGGUUUUUUUUCAUGUGUGACCGCCAAAAAUAACAACAAACAUCUGAUUAGUGCCUAAGCCUAAUCAUCAACUGAGUGGAUAAAACAUAUCAGUCUUUAUUUCAUUACUGUGCUCGACAGAGAAAUAUUGAAACAUGGAAUAUUUCAUUAUUUUGUUCAUGUUGUAAAUUGCACUUUCUUGUUAAACACAGUGUACAGAAAGGGAAUACAUCAGUUUUUAGCAACACUGUAAUAAUCAUAUUUUUGUUUUUAUACAAUGGAUGUCUAGCACAUUCCCAUUUUACAACUGAGGCAGUACACCGGACUGAACAAGCAAUACACUGAAGCUUUGAUAUGCUUCACCAUGGCACAAUCAACAUACUGGAUGUACCAAGUAUAGUUCCGUACCAGAGCAGGUCAGGGCUUCUUUGCUGACCUGUGAAUUGGAUCGACAGCAUGGGUGCGUGGCUUUCCAUCAAACCUCACAGCAGUGCUCUCUCAUAAUUAGAAGCAAGGAGGUACGUUCUGAAACGUAAGAAAUCAGAGCAUUAAGGAAAUGAUAGCAGCACUGUGUUGAGGUCUUACGCAACUGAGUAGGGGCUGCACAGCAGAAGAGAGACCGCAUCACAAAUCCAUGGUACACUGUAACCUUGGCAUGCUGCUAAUGAGGUACAAGUGUACCUGCUUGAGCCCUUUCCUUCCCGUUUUCUGUAUGAUCUGUGUGUGUGAUUCGGGCCCAUAUAGUACUCAACAGCCACAGUCCAGCUCCCAUGGUACUAUGAUGUGACCAGCAUGUACAUUUGGGAAAUACAUAGUUCAUCUUUUUUUCUGGUUGAGAUAUAUGCAUUCCAUGUGCAACACAACCUUAGCUGAAAAUGGGAUAGAACAUCUCCCAGAACAGCCCUUGCACUAGCUUUCUAUUUUGUACAAAUACAAAUACAAACUCGGGUAUACAUCAUUUUAACGAAUUCCUCUCAGUAGCAACUGGAGAAAGUUGUUUCAUUUGGGCAGGGUUGUCAAGAAAAGAAUUCCUCUGCACUCCUUCAGUCUUUUUCAGAAGUGUACAGCUUCCUUCUACUUAAAGCAGUUCCUGUGAAAACUGUUGGUAAGUAUCCCUUUGGAGGAUAGCACUGGUGUCUUGGAGAACGUGCUCUAGUAGGUGUUUCAUUAUUCCACCAUUAUCUUUCCAAUUCUUGUUAACAGGCUCCAGAGAUGUGCCUUAAUGUCACAGAAAUGUUGGCCUGGAAGGGAGCCUAAGAAAUCACCUAGCCCAUCACCCUGCACCCUAGCAGAAUUGGGACUGACUUAUUCCAAAGAUUGUGAACUUCUGUGGGAGAUUAUUUGCUCCAUUCAUACGGCAAAUUUAAUGGGUAGCCCAAGUCAACAAAAUUCCUCUGGAGAUUGAAAGGGUAUGUGUUACACAAGGUGCUUGCUUUCAGGUGUCAAUUUUCCUCUGCUUGUUUUGUUGCAAUACUGUCAUUUCAAUUAAAUUAAACCUAAAAAUUUGGUGUGCCGAA